AUGCCAUUCUUAUUCGAACACUUUCAAUUGGGAGCAAGUUCAGUUCUUCUUCAAUGGAAUAAACCUACGCAACCAAAUGGUGUUCUACUUGGAUACAAUAUCUAUUGUAGUGAGAUGGAUGGCGACAUCGUCAAUGAAAAAUCAACUAUUAGAUAUUUUGUCACAGGAGUAGAUAAUUUUCAAGCAAAAUUAACUGGAUUAAAGGAGGGAACGAAAUAUUUCGUGGAGAUAGGAGCUGUCAAUUGCGCUGGAGAAAGUGAAAGAAAAUCAAUUGAAGUCGACCUCGAGAUGCACAUUCCAUACGAACCAGCAAUGCCUUCAUUUAAAUACACCAUCGACUUCAACUUGACAGACUUAAAACAAGCUACAAAAGACAACUGUUACAAAUCAAGAUCUUUCUACUUAUAUGACUUUAAUGCAACCUCUGCGCCCGAAGAGAUAAACUACCCGAACGACAACGACAAGAGACCCACUACCCACAACGUAACCCACAAAGACUGGGUCCACAUCAACACCAACUGCUUGGUCAAUACUAUGAUAAAAUGGAUACCCGAUAUUGAUAACAACCCCGGAGAGCACUUUUACAUCAAAUAUAAGAUAAAAGGAGAGCAGGAAUAUUUGAAAGCUGGUCCCGAACUGGAAGAGGACUAUCUGAUUUUGGAGAAUUUCAACGCGUGCGUAAAUUACGAGAUCAUUCUGGUUGCUGUUGAUGGGGAGUUUGAGACGGAAAGCGAAAUGCAAGAAACUCCAGCUGUUAUGUUUAAGUUUUAA